AUGGAAGUUGGCAGAAUGGAAGUCAUACUUCUUGAUAAGAGCUUAUUACACACAGACACACACACACGCAAACACACACGCGCACAGACACACACACGCACAGACACACACACACAGACACACACACAAACAGACACACAUACACAGACACACACACACACAACAGACACACACACACAGACACACACACGCAGACACACACGCGGACACACAACAGACAGACAGACACAUACACACAUAUAUGUAUACACAGAGACAGACGAACACAAACACACAUACACAUGCACAUAGACACACACACAUACACACAGACACAACACACACAGACACACAC